AUGUGUGGGCAGGGGCCAGUAUUGACCCUCCAUUCCCAGCGGAGCCGAGUUGGGCCCAGAGCCAAGGGCAGGGGAGGAGUUCGGCGGGCUAGGGCGGGGAAGCGGUUCCCUUUAAGAAGCGCUGGCCAGCCUAGCCUUCUCGCUCCGGCGCUGGAGAACAGAGCGGAGCAGAGCUGUGACAGUCUGUGCAGGGCAGAGGAGGGCGGAGCAUCUGGCUGCCUGGGACCCGAAGGAGAGGAACAUCUGGGGAGGCGAUCCGUAGCUCCUAGUCCACUGAUAGCUGCGUCCCCUGCCCCAGGAAGACAUGGAAGAAUACGCAGAACCAGAGUGUCUGGAUCAGCAAGAAGCGUGCAUGAUGACCUGCCCGAUCCUGUCCUGAUCCAAAUUCUGGCCUCACUGCCUGCCACUGAGCUGGUGCACAUAUGCCGCCUGGUGUGUCUGCAGUGGAAAGCCCUGGUGGAUGGUGCUGCGCUUUGGGUCUUCAAGUGCCAGCAGGAAGGACUGGCAAGGGAAGAUCAGGUUGAGGAGGAUCGGGAAAACUGGAUGCUCUUCUACUUCCUCAGCAAGCGGAAAAGGAAUCUGCUCAAGAACGUUUUUGGAGAAGAUGAUUUCGAGGCCUGGGAAGAGGUCGAGAAUGGUGGAGAUGGCUGGAAGGUGGAGGAAAUUCCUGGAGACAAUGGCUUUGAUUUUCCGGAGGAUGAGAAUGUCAAGAAAUACUUUGUUACUUCUUAUGAGUGGUGCCGCAAAGCCCAAGUUAUUAACCUACAGGCAGAGGGGUACUGGGAAGAAAUGAUGGACACUCUGCAGCCCUCUAUCGUGGUGAAGGACUGGUACUCGAGUAGGAGUGAUGCCGGCUGCCUAUAUGAGCUGUGUGUGAAACUGCUGUCGGAGAAUGAUGAUGUGCUGGCCGAAUAUAGGAGCGACACGGUGGCGUUGCCGGCGGGCCGAGAGUCGGGUUGGAGUGAGAUCUCUCACACCUUCACAAACUAUGGGCCAGGAGUUCGAUUUAUCCGCUUUGAGCAUGGAGGCCAGGACACAGUCUACUGGAAGGGUUGGUUUGGUGUCCGGGUAACCAACAGCAGUGUGAUGGUGAACCCCUAACCUGAUCCAGGUCCUCCUCCCCUCGGGCUAGGAGCUAUCUCAGCUGUGGGUGUUGCUCUGUAGGAUGGAGAAGGGCUCAGUUUUAGAGUUUUCACCCUUCCCUCAGCCCUUGACUCUUGGGGAAACCUGGGGGGGGGUUGAGGCUGGAAGCUAGGCUUUGUGUCUCUACACUAUGCACUCUCUGAUUUCUGUCUUUCUUUCUUGGGUGUCCCUCUCAUUCUCCUUAUACCCUGCUCCCAUGGGAACUCCUAAAGGUGAGGGAAGAGUGCUCAUUAGCUUAUAUCUGCAUAUUACUUGCAUGUCUGCCCAACCAUUUUUUCUUCUGAUCAAAGUUUGCCAGUACGAAUUAGAUCAGAAUGCCUGGGAAAAAAAAAAAAGGCUUCAUUGGGCCCCAACCCUUUUAGUUUCUAGAACUGGGAUCAAUCCAGGCUCUGUUGUGCCUUGGGACUCAUGUGAGGGCCUGGGAGCUGGGGCUAGGCUCAGCAGCCACAGAACAAGGGCUGGGAUUGUGAAGGCUGGAGGAGAUAAGGAGAAAGAGAAUCAGAGAGCUGGGAACCUGGAGCCUGGCUGAUACUUGAGCAUUCCGGAGGCAGGAACCAGAGAAACCAAGAAAAUCUUUAUCUGGCCCAACCCAUUCCUUCAGCCCUCUUGGAAUGCGCCCCCCCCCCCAGCUCCUACAUCUUUGCAUAAAUCGAGGCUGAAACACCAGCCCAUCUCUCCCCAGCACUAUCUACAUAAAUUAAGCUCCCAUUCACUCUGCAGUUGCACCUUUGAUCAUGGUGGCCCAUGGGGAGGUGGGGCUACUUCCUGCCUAGAAAUGUGGUUGCUAACAUCCCUGGCUCCAUUGGUCAAGCCUCUUUUCCUCCAAAGGAUGGUCUCAACCCUUUAAUAGCCAAUGUUAGCUAGUUUCCUUCUUCUAUGGAGUUGGGGGCAGAUUCCUAGUCCAUAAGCUAUCUGGCUUUUCUGCCACCCACCUUGGUUGAGGCUGAGGGGACCUAAAAUGUGCUGAAUUGGUGCCUCUGGAGGAGGACAAUUAAUAAAACCACUGUGUCUGCUGCCA